AAGCUCUUCCACAUUCCUUGUGUCCAUUAUCACUCGAUAAAUGUUCUCCUUUCUCUAUCUAACCUCCCCUAAUUAUUCUACAAUUUCAUGGUCUCCCUACGCAUACGCAAUAUUCUUUCUUUUCAAUAAAUUUAUGUACACUUUCGUCUUUAUUCUUGUUUUUCUUACUAUCGUUAUCGCUCCUACCGACCUAACCUUCGCUCAUCUCCAGUAGAGGGUGCGAGCCAUAUCUGACACAGCAACAGCAACAAGAACGAUAAAAUUCAUGGCCGUCGAAGCUUUGCGUCAAAAUUUCGCUGCGCAGAGGCAUCGGCAGGCCUCCCUUUCCAAGGCGGCUGUCAGCGCACGCUUCAUCGACACAAAACUAUAACCGCAGAAGGGCGCACUGCGAGGCAUGGGCAACGUCUGUGGCAGCGGGACUGCGCGGGUGGCUCCAGCGGAGGAGUCCUGGCAGCAGUCUGCGGGCAGAAGCAAGACUCGACGUCCUCCCGGAUGGGAUGCGCCAGAACCGCUACCCGACCGCAUGACCGACGAGGAAAUGGACCGAGCGGCCGCCGAGGAAGCUCGGAGGGAGCGCGACCGGCUCUACGUGAGCGACGAGGAAGCCACUUUCACCCACGACGAGCUUCUGCCGCCGCUGCCGGUCCCGCCGCUGAGGCACACCACCGAGAAGUACCUCGACUCGGUUCGUGCUGUUGCGUCAGACGAGGAGUAUGUGCUCACCGAGGGCAUCGCCACCGACUUUGAGAAUGGUAUCGGCGCCGAGCUCCACCAGCGGCUCCUGCAAAGGGCACAGCACUCCAGAAACUGGCUGGAGAAGUGGUGGGAGGACAUGGCAUACCUGUCCCAGCGGCAGCCUCUGCUGCCGAACUCGCACAUGGCCGGCACGUUCGCGCUCUUCGAGGACGCCUUCCAGUUCCAGGGCGGCCGCAGCCUCUGGGCGGCACGGAACAUCACCUACUACCUCGACUUCUGGGCACUCCUCAGGCAGGAGAGGCUGAAGCCGCAGUCAUUCCGCAAAAUUCCGUGGACCAUGCACCAGUUCAGGAGAUUCUUCAACACUGCGAGAAUACCUGCCGAAGGAAAAGACGAGCUCGUCUGCAAGUUUCUGACCGAGGCGGAGGAGAGUUAUGCGGGCGAGUCUCCCACCCACAUUGUGGUGCUCCAGAGCGGCCGCAUGUUCACCUUCGAUCUGCUGAACGAGCUACGAGAGCCUCUGACGGCGGCUGAGAUCACCGCUCAGCUGAACCGCAUUGAUCACGUGUGCACUAGCUUAGGUCCUGGUGCAGGCGUGGGCAUCCUCACACAUGGAGACAGGGACAGUUGGGCCCAGAAUCGCACAUUUCUACAGGGAUUACACCCUGAUAAUGAGCGUUGCUUGCAGCUGAUUGAGGAUUCUAUGUUUGUGCUUGUCAUGGACGAUGCUUCACCCAUGAACAGGCAAGAGGUAUUGACUGCGUGCUUGAAAGGCGACCCCAGAAAUCGCUGGUUGGACAAGUCGUACACAUUUGUCGUCUUCAGAAACCUUGCUUUGGGCUCUUCGGCUGAUCACACACCAUUUGAUGGGAUGGUUCCUGUUACCUGUGCUCAUUACGUACACUUGACAUAUCUGGCAACCAAACUUAAUCCGAAUGAUGGAACUGUUCGUGCUGCCCUUCCGAUGCCAGAAGAGCUGCAGUUUCACCUGGACCAUACUCUGCAGUCUGAGAUGGAGCGUGUGAAGUCUGAGUACUACGCCUUGUGUGACAACUUGGACGUGGUGUGCGAUGUCUUCACCGGCUACGGCAAGGGCUUUAUGAAGCCAGUGCGAAUCCAUCCAGAGGCGUUCCUGCAGGUUGCAAUCCAGCUGGGCUACUAUAAACUGCAUAGAAAACCAGGUGCAACGUACGUGACAGCAUCAACACGAGGCUUCUAUCAUGGCCGAACAGAGACGUGCCGUGCUUGCACACCUGAGUUGGUGGAGUUUGUCAAUGCUGCUACAGAUGGCAAAACCUCGAUAACAAGAGUCGUCACGCUCUUAAAAGAAGCCGUGCAGAAAUUCGAAACCCUGAUGGUAGAAUGCUGCAAGAACUACGGGUGUGACCGUCAUUUGAUGGGCCUUGCACUCACUGCUCUGGAAGAUGGCACGCCCAUGCCUGACCUCUUCCUGGACCCUGUAUUUGUCAAAAGUGGUGGCAAUGGGAACUUCAUAUUAUCAACCAGCUGCAACGGCUACACGCCACUGAUCGGCUGCGUGGCUCCAAUGUGUACAGAUGGCUAUGGCGUCUUCUACAGCAUUGAAGAGAACAAGGUCAUCUUUGCCUUGUCUGCCUUCAAGAAAAGUGAUGAGACCAACGCACGGACGUUGUAUCAGCACAUUGUGCACGCACUGUUUGAUUUGCAGGGUAUGCUGCUCUCGGCCAAGCUGUGACACGUGAUGGCCGCGGCCAUGCUUGCGUGUUUUAACUCUUGUGGAGGCGCCGCGCGUGCUGCCCAAUGUAGAUCAGCCGAAGACCAAGGGCAGUGCUGGGCGUGUUCAUAACACUGUGAUUGUACCUUGCGUUUUAUUUUUCUGGCGGUUUUCGAUUUAGCCAUAUUUCUUUAUUAGGUAGGUGUUUGUAUUAUUGUUUUUUUUACCACGAUGAUGUAUAUUUUGCGACCCUAUUUUUUACGAACAAUGCACGGCAAUUGUAUUCAGGUAUGCUGUUUAUAUACACAAGGUAUUUAUGAGGAAGGAGGUGUACAGCCGCAGCUUUUCUGCACAAGAGUCUCGUUUUUUUUUCUUCAACUGUGCUUUUUUCAGACUCGCGGAAAAAAUAUUUGCGCUAUAACACGGGCAUAGAAGUAGUAUUCUUAUGUGGGUAAGUUUUAUAAAGCCCCCAAAUUUAAGACUGCGAAUGGUAUUCAUUGCCCUUAUCAUUAUGUUACGUGAACCUUCAAGUACUUAAGCUGGGCAAUGGAAUAUAAUUGGUAUGCGGGGAUGUGUGAACAUUUAGGUUUUAGGGUGUGGAUCGGACAGCACCUGAUGGAAGUAAUUUAGGUUAAUGUUUGCGUGCUUAAUGUUUGAGUCAUGAAUAAUUCGAACUGCGACGGCAAAUCACACAGUCUUUGCCCCCAUUUUUUAUUAGCCAAAAUAAGGUACAUACAGGUAAUUAGAAAUAUACAUACUAUUCUACGUACUCUACACUAUUUUUUCCAUAGAGUCCCCACACCAGUUCAGACAUUUGUCCCGUCGCAACUCUAAAUUUCAGCUACCCCUGUGGUAGAAUUCAUCUGGCUCUUUGUGAAUUGUCAUGUAGCCUUUUGCCAACUCGCAACGCUGCUACCUCACACUUCUCAAAGCGAGACACCUUUCCCCAUACGUGGGCUGCAUUUCCCUGUAGAUUUCGAUGGGCAUUCGUUGCUCGUACGCCUUGUACGUGUGAAGCACAACUGCCAUCUUCGUCAACUGACAGCAGUGCCGUGCCAUAUAGGUACCGGCAGAUAAGGUCGGCCCAGUCCAAGAAAGAUCCACCGCUAGGAAUGGAUAUGUUGACUUCACAUUUACAGCCAUAAUUCGGAAAAAAAAAAGGGGGCAAAGACUGAUUUUCCUUCAUACCAAAGUUGUAGCUCUGCUCUCAUGUGAAUGCAGAUCUGAUAUAUGGUAGAAUUACAGAAGGCCACUUAGGUUGCUUGCCUAAAUCAUGCCAAUCUUAUUUCUUUUGAGCACCAAAAUUGAGUCACGCUAAAUUGAUUGGUUAGCAUUCUCACACGAGUGCAUCACUGUUGCCAAGAAGAUAGCUUUCAUAUGAGAGAUAAUGACGUGAAUAAAUCAGAGGUGUAAUCAUCUCUUGGAGAUACAAAACCUGCUCCCACUGUUGUACAUCACUACCGGUAAAGUGUUGUCAACCAUUCAUAACAAAAAACCUAUUGAAUAAAAUGUGAGAAUUAAGGAAAA